UUCCUGACUCAGAAUAGAUGCAAGGAGUGAACAGCAGUGGGUGGUAAAUAGAUGCCACUGUCCCCAGCAGUCUCCGGCACAGAAGGACAGUAGAGAAACAUGGAUGAGUCCGAGGAAGGGAGGGCGCAGAAGCUGGGUCCCCAGGAUGAGGAACAGCUGAUAACCAGCGGCACCAGAUACUCCAUGAAAGGCUUCAGAUUCCAACCACCCUACGUCCUCAAAAGGGCUACAGAGCACCUGUGCCAUGGUCACGUCCCCUUCGUUCUGCAGCUGCUCUGCCUCACACUUUCUGCUAUUCUCCUUCUGACUGUCCUUGUCAAAGUCUCCAUUAUUGCCAGCUCCUGGGGACAAGAACAGGCAAAGAAGGAGAAAGUAUACCAGGAGAUGAGUCAACUGAAGCCUCAAAUAAACCGCCUGUGCCGCCCUUGCCCCUGGGACUGGACAUUCUUCCAAGGAAGCUGUUACUUCUUCUCCACGUUCCAACAGAACUGGCACGAGUCUGUCACUGCCUGCAAGGAAGUGGGAGCCCAACUAGUUGUCAUCAAAAGUGACGAUGAGCAGAGCUUCCUGCAGCGGACUUCUAAAGAGAAAGGCUAUGCCUGGAUGGGGCUGUCGGACCUGAAGCGUGAGGGCGUGUGGCACUGGGUGGAUGGCUCACAUCUGCUCUUCAGUUUCAUGAAAUAUUGGAACAAAGGAGAGCCCAACAAUGAAGGGGAAGAAGACUGUGCAGAAUUUAGAGAUGACGGCUGGAAUGAUGUCCCGUGUACAGUUCAGAAAUACUGGAUCUGCAAGAAGCCUGCUAUGUCCUGCACCAAAAAAUGAUGUCUCAUCUGUCUGGAACACCUGUUGCCAAAAUUACCCUGCAGGGUGACUGAACUUAACCCACAAUGUAUGCCAGUUCCUUCUUCUGUGAACAUGAAGAUCUUAAUUGCAGCUGUUUCCUCGUUUGCCCUGCCCUGGGUGUGUGUGUGUGUGUGUGUGUGUGUGUGUGUGUGUGUGUGUGUGUGUGUGUGUGUGUGUGUGUUUGUGUAUGCAUACCAAUGGUCAGUCUCAGGUGUUUUCACUGACCAUCUUGUAUUUUUGAGACAGAGUCUCCCAUUUUUACCUUGUUGGUACUGGCCACUUUGGCUAGGCUAGCUGGCCAGCACACUCUAGGAAUCCUCCUGCCUCUGCCUUUUCCGAGCUUGCAUUGGAAACAUACAGCAGCAUUCCAAGCCUUUAAAAAUAGGGGUGGGGAGUGAUUCACAGACUGGAACUGAAGAGACAGCGAUGGUGAGGUACUGUAUAGCAGGAGGGAUCACCAGAAGUAGGGUACUAUUGAGCUGCUAGGCGUGGGGGUAGGGGAGUCUUUCAAAGGACUUAUGGCAGAAACUGGAGUGGGGCAUAAGUAGGGGCUGAGCUGGUCAGUCCCACUAGACAUCAGGUGCCUCUCAGUGUUAGCAUGCCCUCAUAGCUUCCAGAUAAGGGUAAGAGACAAGAAGGAACCAGGUUCCAGAAUUCCCUUCUGGCAUUUCUGGCCUCCAUCAAGGGCAUCCUGGAAACUUCGGCACUGGCGGUCCCUGCCCCCAAUUGGCCAGUUUUUAUCCCUCCUCAGAACAAAAUUAAAAUUGUACCUAUUAAAGAACAGCUCACACAACCCCCAGGACAUCUCCAGUCCCUUUCCUGUCUCCUGCAAACAAAGUUCUGCCACAGCUUUCUUUCUACAGCUAAGUUGUUUUACUUGGCAUGGAAUCCCUAAGGCCCGCAGUAUGGAGUCCAUCAUAACUUUUUCCUAUUCACUCACAAAUACUAUUCCAAUAAGCUUGAUUGCCAACUAAAGAUCUCCAGUCAACUAAGAGACAGGCCUGUGAGCACAACCAUGAGGGUGCUUUUGGAAGAAAGGACACUCUGACUGGUAUGGGAGUGGAGGGGGGCAGACAUACUCUCUGUUCCGGUCAAGUUCCAGCAAUGAAGGACUAACGUUGAAUUGUAGGCUAAAUAAACCCUUUCUCCCCAAAA